CAGACGUCUAGGCAUCUCGCUUGCUUUCCUUCCAGGCUUCCACGAUUCCACCCCAGUCUGCCCACCGACUCUUCCCUCUCCCCACUACUGUCGGCGCGUGCUCUUUCCUCCUCACACCGCACACCCGCUGCCGGAGCUCGAGAGUCCCCUCCGCUUGUCGGUGCCCGUUCUGUCAACCCCUCGCCGGACGCCUGCCGCCGGAGCUAGAGAGGGCCAAUGCAGCCGCCGCUGCGUGGUGCCUAGGGCGGGUCGCAGGGGACAAGGCCGAGCCCACCACCGUCGACGAGGCAUUCAUGGAACGCAGCAAGAGCUUCAUCAAGGCCCUCCAGGAGCUCAAGAACCUGCGCCCACAGCUCUACACCGCCUCCGAGUACUGCGACAAGUCCUAACUCCACAGUGAGCAGAAGCAAAAGCAUACAUGGUGGAGCUUUAUCAAGAUAAUCUUAUGGACCUAUUGCUGCCCUGAAAUGCAAAGCAACUAAAGUUAGAGAUAAAAAAUUCCAAGGUAUAAGUUUUCUUUCCUAUAUGCAUUCAAUUCGUUGUUCUUAAAGCACAAUGGAUAUGCUAUCCUACUUCAUUUGAAUAUUUGAUACAGAAGCCUACAUUGAGAAUGAUGAGGUAAUUAAUUCGAUUGAUACUUUGAUAAGCUUAAUAUACUCUGAUUUUGCCUUAUGUAGACUAUAUAAAUUUAAAUUAAUGAAGAACCAACAUAUUUCUUUUUUAGAAUCAGUACAAGAAGGUUCUUGACGUUAUGAUAUUGACUAGGAAUAUUUUGUUGCUGCAUGUCUUGAAUCCCUUCAAGAUAAUCCUGAUCUAGAGGAGGAUUACUGCAAGGCUCAGUUAUGCAGAUUACAUUUUCAUACGGUCUUAACCCUUGUUUCCUAUUCAAUUCUAUUAAAAAUGAUUGACUCAUGGAUGAAGCCCUUCGGCCACUGAAUUUCAGUACAACAAAAAACUGAACUAUGAGUUUGUAUCUAAUGAUAGCUCGAUAAAAAGCACAUGACUUUGGAGAACUACAAUAUUUUUAUUCUUGUCAUUUGUUUGAAUCCCUAUUAAAAGGUUGUUACCUAUCUGAUUUAUAUCGCAGCUGCUAAAUUGGUUUGACAUAAUAAAUCUCAUAAGACACACCUUUGCGCAUUGGAAAUAGGCAUCUAGAAUGUUAGAAAAUCCAAGUGGAAGACUCCCAUGAUGCAAUCCUAUAUCCACUGCAGAUUUGGCGCAUGAGUGAUUUUAAAUAUACCCUGGUGUCACUGACUCUAUUUAAGUGCCUUCAGCUUUCGUAGCAUGAUGCACCUUUAUCUUCUGCUCUUUUAGCCAAUAACAGCUAAUAGAGAACGAUGUCGAUCCUUUUUUUCUUUUAGCUCAUGUAUUUCUGUGUUCAAUGCACUUUCACCUCAAAUGUGUGUAGGAACAUGUCUGCAUGAAUUUUGUUUUGCACCUAGCUGUAGUUGGGAAAUUUAGAAUAAUAUAGGUUCAUUAGGAGAAUCUACUUCAUACCUGGUUUAUCUAACCACUUGUCUUCCUCUGGCCUUGCUAAAGCAUUUUCCCCUGUAGCAAGGACCCUUCAGUGGCAUUUGGUUUCCGAGAAGAUAUUUAGAACCAGUAUACCAGACCAUUCUGAAUUUGCGUAAGGCAGAUAUGUUUGUGUUUCAGUCAUGCUACAUGGGGCGUUUGCUCCCCUAAAACUUCUCUUUGUGUGACAUCAUUGUCAUGUGCUUUGUUGCGGCCUAGGAGAGACAAAAACUACUAAGCCUUCAUCGAGUUGUUCCUGGCUUCUCAGUAUUUAGUUGCUUAUAAAUAUUAGCUUUAUGUUUGUCUCCAUUUGGUAGAUUUUGGCAUGGCCUAUAUGUAGACAUCAGAUACUUAAUAGAAGCUGCUUAUGUUUCAGGCAAGGAAUCAUCUGCAUCUCCAUUCUCCAGGAAUGUGUAGUCGCAUAACCAGUUUGAAUAUUGUUAGGGUUGGCAUGAAGGUUCAGCCCACGACUAGGCUCCACAUGUUUGUCAUCACUCAGUUCUUUGGAGUUUGGACAACCCCCGAGGGCACCAAAUCUAGGAGGCUCUUCUUCGCACUAAAAUCACAAGAAUGCGCUCGAAAACUGAGGGCAGAUUUGGCAAUUGAAGAACAGUGGGAACAAGAACUGAGAAGAAUGCUGAAGGGCAUAGUAACAGAUACAAGCUAAAAUUGAGACACAUAUAAAUGACCAUGAAUGAGACUGUAUGAGCCUGAUCAGCUCAAUUCUAGGUUAUGUGCAUUGUUUGCUCAGUAGACUACAGACCAUAAGAUGCUCGACGUUAAACUUAUGCUGUCAUGUAGAUGCUUAGUCCUCUCCUCGCCUUUCGCAGUCGCAGGCGAGUUAAGAAGUGGACUAACUUGGAUGAACCAGCAGAGAGUAUGUUCCCUAGACAACGACAAACAAUGUUACCUCUACGUAAAUGUAUGUACUUAGAUCUUACUUUUACCGAUCUGGUGAGCCUCCACCCGCUUCCCAUUGUAUACAUGGAUGGUUCUUUUGGGGAUAUUUCAGUUUUGGGAAUUUUUGGAAGGUCACAUUGUAUCUGUGCUUGUUUUGUUUUGCUUGUUUGUUGUAUGUGAUCUGAGCUUGAAUUCGGGGGCUAACAAUUAAUCUGGGAUGUGCUCCGAGGAAUUCCUGGUUUUGAUGGUUUCUUUCAUCAUCCAUAUUGGUAUGCAUAUCUUCCAUGCAUAUUAUGUAUACAACUAUUAGGAUUCGCUCUUGCUUUUGGUUCUUCUAGCAAAGCACAUAUGACAUGUGGUUUCGACCAUAUUUUCCAAAAGGUUGCCUCCUUGUUCCCUUUAAAGCAAACUGCUAAAAUAGUCAAUUCAUGUUGUUCAGUUUGCUUCCUCUUUGCUUCAAAUAUAUCUAUGCUAUAACUUACUAUACGUAUUAUUAGUUUUCAAAUACUAUUAUCUGGUCUCUACCAUUUAUAUAUAUAUUUGUUGCUAUUGAAUUUUAAAAUCACAUGACUCUUCACUAACCUUGGCCAUAUUAAUAGAAAUUUUGUAUUGUUCCGCUAGGGCGCCCGAUGGGCGCCUCAUGUUCUAGUUACUACUACAUGCACCCGCCCUCUUUCUUUUCUAAAGAUGUCUUCGAUUAUAUAAAAUAAGGGACGUGACAAUAUAGAUAAUACUAUUUUUAAAAUAAAGUUUAAAAUAAGAAAUAAUAUAGAGGAUGUGAGGCAGCCUAACCCCGUCAGCCCCGCGCUCUUGAUCCGACAACGCACGCCCCCCGCCACACCGCAAACUGACGGUCGGGAUCGCACGUUUCCGGUCCAGGGCGAACCGGGCCCACCGGCCGAGCCGGACCGGUCACGCCUUCGUUGAAAUCUUCGCAGGGUCACUACGCCACGCUUUAUCUUGCACCCCCUCUCCGCGAGCUACAGCUUUGCAGCGCUCUCUCUUGGCUCGCUCGCUCGCUCGCCCGCCUCGCCUGCGCCCUCUCUUUCACUCCUGGCUCGCUUGCGUUGUGGAGCUCGAGACUGUCGCCAUUCCGCUACGAGAAACCCUAACCCUAGCCCUCGCACCGCCGCGGGAGGCCGCGGGAGAGACCGUGUCGCACCGCGCCGUCGAUCCCGAUCCAGACGCCGUCGCGCCGUGCCGCGCUGAUCGAGUGUGGAGGAAUGGAGGACGGGCAGAAUAUCAGAUUGCUUGCAGCUAGUUUAUUUUUCCAGCCCAGGGUGAACUUCUGGGUAGUGUAGUUUGUCGUGGGUUUAUCUUCUGCAGAAUAGAAGCAAAUAUUUGUAAAAGCUGCUUAUAGUUCUAUAUGAUAUGAAAGUUUGGGAACUAUCAACUGCAAAUUGGCCACUCUUUCUCAGGCAUUAGACCCUAAGGGAUACUCAAGGAAUGUCACAUUUUCAUCCCACACAGCAUGCUAGUGACAAUGAUUUUCAGAUGUGGCAACAGCAGAUGAUGUUCAAGCACUUGCAGGAGUUUCAGAGGCAGCAACAACUACAGCAGUCUGAUCAUGGAGCCAGGAUGCAGCUCUCUUUUGGACAGUUUCAUGCUCCUGCAAAACCUUUGCCUGGUGAUCAAUUGUCGACAAUGUCAAAUGAAAUGGUCAACAAUGAGACCAUGAAUUCUGGAUGGCCACAUAAUUUUACAGGUGGUGACCUGAGUUUGACGAGCAACUCCCAGAUGUUGAACAAUGGUAGCACAAAUUGGGAUCAGAUUGUUGGUUCUCCUGUUGUGGGCAAUUUCAUGAAUGGUUCAAUGUUUGUGAAUGCUCAUAAUCAGUCGAUGAGACCAAUGGGAUUAGCUACCCACCAAGUGGAUCAAACUUUUUAUCCAAUGCAUGCUACCAGCAGUAGAGGGCCUGGAAACCAGUAUUCCCAAUUUUUAGGGAUUCCUGCUGAUCCUCAGAGUGAAGCGGCAAGGGUUGGUCCAGUUCAGUCAGAAAAGACAUCCAGACCAUUCAACUCUUCAAUGAACGAACUUGGUCUUCAUAUGCAAGGUACCACCAGUUUGAUGCAUAAUUUUCGUGGAAAAGGGGGCUUCUUAAAUAACAGUCUGAUGCAAAGUCAAGGUGAUAAUAUCAGGGCAGGCAGUCCGGUUACAAUGAAUCAACUACAACAUGGUUUUCAAACCCAAGAUUUUCAUGGUAGGCCAAACCAAGUUGAUCUUCAAGCGGGCAUGCAAGAGAAAUCAGCAAUGCAGGUAGGGCAAGCGAGUCGUGGGGCUAGCCUUGACCCUACUGAGGAGAAAAUCUUAUUUGGGAGUGACGAGGAUAGCAACUGGGGAGCUUUGUUGAGGGGUGACAAUGACAAUGUCAAUUCUUUGGACAAUGACAACUAUGGUGGUGGCUACUCAUCUCUACAGAGCGGUAGCUGGAGUGCCCUUAUGCAGGAAGCUCUCCAGUCUACAACCAGUGAAAGUCCCAAAGAAGAGUGGAGUGGCUUGAGUUUCCAUAAAACUGAGCAGGUGAUGGCUAGCAAUGCAAAUUUAUCAGGCCGCAAUGGUAGUAAGUUUACUGGAUUAAGUGGUGCAAACCUAGAAAAUGCACGUCCUUCGCCAGCGUCCAGCUAUGCUGAUGGAACAAUGAAUAACCCAAACCUUGCCAGUUUUCAGCAUGUCAUAAGGCCUCCAUCCGAGCGAAGGGACCAUAUGUCUCAUGAAUCUUCUAAUGCUCCUGUUAACAAUCAUCAAUCAACUUCUGAAGUCAACAAGGGGUACUUUCAGCAAGGCAUAAAACAAAUUCACUCUGAUGCAAGGCAAGGACAAGCGCACCUAGUAAAUGGAACCUGGCCGCAUCAAAAGACUGAACUGCUCAGAAGUAAUUUGCAGUCAACUGGUGUACAUGCUACACCACCUGGUGGACAUGGAUUUGGGAUGUCACAACAAAUUGCAACUGAUCACAAUAUCAACAGAGAGUCCAGUAAUAAUCAAAAUGACUGGAAAGCUAACAAUGCACUUGGACAAGACAUGUGCAAUAGCCAAAAUAUCUUUAAUAGCAAUGAGAACUCUUGGAAGUCAACUGGAGGUAAUGCCAAUUCAGUCCAGAGAUUUCAGCAGAGGAGGUCUGAUGUAAGCGCUACUAAUGAAAGUUCAGAUGGUAAAAAUAUUAGCAUGAUGAGCUCAAGCAUGCCAAUGAUGACACAGGAUCAUUACCAGAUGGUCACUAGUCAGAGUGGUGAGCAAAUUGGCAUGAACCGUAAUCUGACACAUAGAGCUCCAGAGACCUCUGAGUCACCAGGAAAAAGCGCAGAACAAAGACCAGGUGAUUUCAAUCAGGAAUAUCUAAAUGCAAUCCCUAACGAAAGAGAAACACACAUUUCAAACCAUGGUCGACACAUAACAAGUGAUUCUGCCCCCAGAAGGCAUUCUGUAUCUGCUGGGAAGGAAUCUGAAAAUUUAGGUCAGUCUAGUCAGCAAGCAAUGGGAUCUUACAUCUUGCAGAACCGUGCUAUGGGGAGUUCUGGAAUGAACAUUGGUCUGUCUCCAGGCAAUCCAAUGUCAAAUAGUCUGUUUCCACCUCAGACACGAAAUAGUCUGCAGCAUCAUUUUGGCACAAACUCCCAUGUUUCCAAUAGUAUGCCGUCAGCAAGUGAGAAAAUGAUGAUGGCACAGGAACAACUUCAAUCGCGACAUGGUCUCCCCAACAGCUCCAGUGCAUCAACUUUAGGAGGAGCUGAUACUGGUCUAUCCCAGAAUAGAGCAGUUCAAAACAGUCAACAUAUGCUUCAGCUUCUGCAUAAGGUGGAUAACUCAAGGAAUAGCAAUGUGGUUGCUGACAUACCCAACAAUUCCCUUGGCGUUGUUUCUGCCCAGCAACAACUUAACCAUUCUUCUUUGCAAGGAUUUGGGUUGAGACUGGCACCACCAUCCCAACUCCAAUCAAUUUCGGGUAAUUUAUGGUCUAGUCAGACUAAUGCUGAUGGCAAGCAAUUUUACCAAGAUGGCGACCGCACACAGCUACCUUCCACCCCUAGCCAGUCACUGACUCCUCAGCAUCAAAAUUCUCUAUCUUCACCAUUUCACAGUUCAGAAACAGAAAAUACUGGGCAACCAAUUGCGUGUUUCCCCCAAUUAGGAUCAGGCCAACAGUAUCCUAUGGCAGAUGAUAGAUCUGGUCCUGCACCCAUGCUGCAGCAGCAGCCUCAGCAAAGCAACUCUGCAACAGUGUUCAAGAAUGUAUGGACAAACAUAUCAGCACAGCGCCUAACUGGUAUGCAACCUAACAAGAUUACACCCAACAUCAUUCAGUCUAUGAUGUUUCCAAAUAAUGCUGCAGCUUCCAACUUAUGGAGCUCUCAGAAGGCAGAUGAUCAAGGGCAGAGGGCAUCAACUCCAUCAGAUAUUGCAACAAGUUCAGCGAACUCACAGAAUCAAUCUCCAAAACAAGCUGCUGAUAGUGAUGCAAAGUUAGCAUCUUCCCAGAAGGGAAACCUAGAGUUGACAGGAACUACCGUAACAGGAGGAAACGAAUCCUUGCAGAAGCCUUCUUCAGAUGAGAAUUCUAUCAAUGCUGUUUCAUCCUUUGCACAGUUGCGUCAGCAAGGCAUCCUUGGUGCUAAACAUGGGGAGAACCCAGGAGCUAAUUUUCAGGCUAUGAAUGUUUCCCACAAUAAUGCUAAUCACAGUGGUGGCAUUGUUUUACAUGGAAGUCCAGCACCUACAAACAUUCAGCAGCAAAAUUACUCUCUUCUACAUCAAAUGCAAACCUCGAGGCAUAUGGAUGUUGAUCCAGGCAGUUUAUCUGGAAAGACGACAAAACCUGAUAUUGGUUCUGAUGCUGCACAGAUUGAUUGGAAUUCUGGUCAGAGAUUUGCUCAUGUAACCAAUAACUCAACCAAAUCGUCUGCAGAUAACAUUGGAAGCCCUGGUGUCCCAGGGUCAUUCACAUCGGACUUGAAAAUGUUGAGUUUUGCUUCAAGGAACGAGGAGAGAAAUCCAAACAUACCUUCUCGGUUUCCUUCCGGAGAGUGCCCGUCUCCUGGUAUGAUAACCACACAAGAUGAUAAUCAGAAUCAAGUUCAGCAUAUGGGCACAGGUGCAAUGUCAAAUUCUGAUGAAAGAAGUGAGAGGCCGAGGAUAAACCCUCAAAUGGCACCUUCUUGGUUUGGACAUUACGGAAACUACAGAAAUGGUCAGAGUGUUGCUACGCUUAAUGCUGCUACGCUUAAUGCGCAGAAGCCCAUGGCUUUGCCAUUUAAUUUUCCGAAAGCAUCUCGGAACAAUGAAAAUAAUAGCCAUGCUGAAAAUAGAGUUGAACCUAGCCAAUCUGUUAGGCCUGGGCAUCAUCUCCCAUCAGCAAGAAUGGAAGCUUUGGUUCCUUCCAAUGUAAAAGUGUCUUCAAUGAUGAGAAGGCCUAAGAAGCGUAAAACUAUGGACUCCACACUUGUUUCUUGGCAUAAAAUAAUUGAAAGCCCACGAAAAUUGAGGGGCAUCAGCACACCUGAGAUGGACUGGGCUUGGGCAGCUAACCGGUUAAUUGAGAAGGAUGAGGCAGAAACUCCAGACGAUGCUCCUUUAAAUUAUUUGCCGCGGAAGAGGCUAAUUUUGACAAGCCAGUUGAUCCAGCAACUUCUCCCUGCUAUACCAGCGACCAUUCUGAGAGCACAAGCUGUGUCUGCUUACGGAAGUGCGACAUACACUCUAUCAAUGUUGACACUAAGGGAUGCAUGCAGCAUGGCAUCAUCAUCAUAUAACUCUUGCUCACCUGUGGAGGAUGAAAAUAACCCAUCUGAACAACCAAGUGCUAAGAAAAUGGAAGACAGAGUGUCAAAGGUUGUGGAAGUCUUCGUUGGAAGAAUCCGGAAGAUGGAAAAUGACUUUAUAAGUUUGAACAAGAGGGCCUCGAUGCUAGAUGUGCAACUGGAGUGCCAAGAUCUGGAGAGAAUUUCUAUUGUAAAUCGUCUGGGAAGAUUUCAUGGCCGGAGCCAUGCAGCGGCAGUUGAGAGUUCAUCAGCUCCAGAAAUGACUCCUCGGAGAAUUUUUCCUGAAAGACAUGUCAUGUCUUUUGCCGUGCCUGGAAAUCUUCCUGAAGGAGUGUGCUGUUUGUCACUCUAGUGGAAUGAUCUUCAGUUAUUUUCUAGCCGCAAUGAUGAUCCCGGGUCGCGCCCUGUGAUUCCCAGUGCUCCUUGUCCCAUGCAAAGCAUGGUCAAACAGAAGGAUCAUAUAUUGUCAAGGGGUAACUUGAGAACUGGAAGCAUCACAGUACCACGAUGAGGCAGGCCGGGGACAUGUUCCAGCCGAUCAAGUCAGUGCUGGCUGUUGUUGAUGCACCUUAUAUCAAGUAUAGGUCCAUGUAUAUUGUGGAAAGUGAAGGAAAAAAACUGUGGAUCUCCCAUCAUUUUUCUCGAUGAAGAGUAAUUAGCCUCAGAAUUUUUUUAGAGAAGUCGAUGCUUACUAGCUUAGUGCAUCUGGUGGGUUUCUUGGGUAUUUGUCGAUCUCUAAGAAAUCCGUGAUGAUGGAGUGUUGGCAGGCUAGAGUGGAAAUAAUAAUGUGAGCCUUUCUCUGGGUUCUUUGGUUCCUUUAGGAUGGGAUGCAAAUUGGCUAGUGUGUCCUCCAGUCUAACUGACCACCCCUGUUAGUCAGCAGUUAAUUAUUACUAGUUUUAUGUAGUGCUGAAAGCAUUCAUGGAACAAUUGGCGGGUAAAGUGCUUGGGAAUUCUUGUAACUUGUGUACCCGUGAUGUUUAAACGCUAACGGGUUCUUGUAAAUUUGAAGUGCCAAUAUUCCUGAGGUUAUAUUUUGCUUUGUGCAAA